AGCUCCUGCAGCCUUGCCGAAUAGCGGGCGAAGUGCUACGUACCUGACAUACCUAGGUGCCUUACCAACCAGAGGCGCCCUCUUCGAGCUUCACCUUUCAACCCCAUUUAAUCCUUUCUUUCCCAAUCCUCCAAGCCGCUCUCAUUACACCUCCCACCAUGCCGAUCUCGCCGAUUAUUACCUUCAAAGCCGGCCAAUGCGAGGUUGAUACCUCCUCCAAGCCGUUCAAGGUGAAGCCACAGCCCGAGCCUGGCUACAUCUACUUGUACUCCGAGGAUGACUUGGUGCACUUCUGCUGGCGCAAGCGCAGCGACUCGUUGGACGAGCCCGAGUUGGACCUAAUUAUGGUCCCGACCGACGGCAGCUUUGUUCCCUACGAAUACAAGACGACCCCUCAGCCGACUUCAAAGACCAACGGCCGCAUAUUCGCCCUCAGGUUCUCGUCAUCCUCCCAGCGGUACCUGUUUUGGCUCCAGUCCAAGCCCCAAGGCCGAAACGGUGAUCCCAGCCAUUUCAGCCCCCGGGAUCGUAAGAUUGGCGAAAUUGUUCACCUUUUGCUCCAGGGCGAGGAAGUGGAUGUCACUAGCGAGCUUGCGGCUGUUCGCAACACGGACGACCGACCCGACGACGACGAUGACGAGACGAUGGAGGACGUUGAGGGUCACCGUGACCAGCACACCCACCGUGGGAGUGGAAGCGGUGGAGCUGGACCUGGCGCCACUGGCGGAGACAUCAGAGAGGAGGGCGAGGGCUCGAGAGAGGGAGGAGCUGAUGGUGCGAGAGCUGUCUCUUCAUCUGCCCCUGAUGCCGCAGCCGCAGUGAGAAACUUCCUCGACUCUCUCAGAGAUCAGUCUGGACUAUCCGGGGGACAACGACAGCACGGCGCCGAGAAGCCGUACCCUUAUCUCAACCAUCUUCUGCCAACAUCCAUCACGGUCCCUAUGAUUGAUGCCGCACCGGUGGAGUUUGCCGACGCCUUGAUCAGCUUCCUGCCUCCGGCCGUCAUUGUGCUCGCGACCGGCGCACCAGACGCCAUUGAUGGAAAAGCCGAGCCGUCCGCUGCAGCUGUGGAGGCUGCCAAGGCGUCCCUGACCCUCGAGGACAAGCGGAGCCUGCUCAAGAAGGUGCUCCGAAGCCCUCAGUUCAAUCAGGCACUUGGCACGUUGACCAUGGCCAUUCGAGACGGCGGCUUGCCUAGCAUCGCAGAGGCGCUCGGCGUUAAGGUGCAGAACGGUGGUUAUAUCCCAGGAGGUGGUAUGCCCCUCGGAGGAGGUCAUGCCGUCGAGGCGUUUGUCGAGGGAGUCAAGAAGACGGCCCAGGAGGAGAAGAAAUGAAAUGUGAUCACGCGGAACUUUUCGGAAUCCAGUGCAUAGUCUUCAUUCCUUCUUAUACGUCAUGAUACAAUUUGAUAUCCAUGUACAAGUAGACCUAGGUACGCUUGGCGUUGCGGGAACAACCAAAUAUACGAGUGCAUGACAACCCUAA